CAAAAAUGGACGCUUUCGAGACGUACCAAACGCCUCUCUCGAGUCGCUAUGCGAGCAAAGAGAUGGCACAUCUCUUCUCUCCCGCUAAACGGUUUUCAACCUGGAGAGAGCUCUGGCUCAACCUCGCGAUCGCCGAGAAGGAACUGGGAUUGCCCAUUCCUGACGAAGCUAUCGAGCAGAUGAGGAACAACCUCCAAUUGACCCCUGAACAAUUCGAGAUCGCCGCUGCUGAAGAGAAAAAGAGGCGCCAUGAUGUUAUGGCUCAUGUUCACACCUUUGGAAAAGUCGCGCCUGCCGCUGCUGGUAUCAUCCACUUGGGCGCUACUUCGUGCUACGUGACCGACAACGCCGACUUGAUCUUCCUUCGUGAAGGCCUCACGAUCCUCAUCAAGUCUCUCUCCAUUCUGAUUUCCCGUCUUUCGGCUUUCGCGGCCGAGUACAAGGAUCUCCCCACUUUGGGAUUCACCCACUUCCAGCCUGCCCAACUGACGACUGUUGGAAAGCGUGCUACUCUCUGGAUUCAGGAACUCCUUUGGGAUUUGCGAAACCUCAAACGCGCUAGGGAGGAUCUUGGAUUCCGGGGUGUCAAAGGAACUACGGGUACCCAGGCUAGCUUCUUGACUUUGUUCGAUGGUGAUCACGACAAGGUCGAGGAACUCGACAGACGCGUUACCAAGCUUUCCGGAUUCGAGUACGCCUACCCUGUCACUUCGCAAACCUACUCUCGCAAGAUCGACGCGGAUGUCCUCGCUCCCUUGGCCUCGCUCGGUGCUACCGCCCACAAGAUCGCCACUGACAUCCGAUUGCUCGCUAACCUCAAGGAAAUCGAAGAGCCGUUCGAGUCCACCCAGAUCGGUUCCUCCGCCAUGGCCUACAAGCGCAACCCCAUGCGCUCCGAACGCGUCUGCUCGCUCGCGCGCCACCUCAUGGUCCUCCAACAGAAUGCAUUGAUGACCUCCAGCGUGCAGUGGUUCGAGCGUACUCUGGACGAUAGCGCUAACAGGCGUAUCACCCUCCCCGAGGCGUUCCUCACCGCGGACAUCGUUUUGUCGACACUGCAGAACAUCUCGGAGGGGUUGGUCGUGUACCCCAAGGUCAUUGCUAGGAGGAUUAACCAGGAGCUGCCGUUCAUGGCUACUGAGAACAUCAUUAUGGCCAUCGUGAAGAAGGGUGGGGAUAGGCAAGAGGCGCAUGAGAAGAUUCGGGUCCUCUCGCACGAAGCAGGCUACCAAGUCAAGCAACUCGGCUUGGAGAACGAUUUGUUGGACCGGGUCCGUGCGGAUCCGUACUUUGAACCUAUCAAGGGCGAGUUGGAUGCGUUGUUGGAUCCAGCUAGUUUCAUUGGGAGGGCGCCGCAGCAGGUUGAGAGUUUCUUGAAGGACUGGGUUGAGCCUGCUUUGAAGGAUGAGGAGCUUCAGAAGGCUAUUGCUGCUAGCCAGAAGGUUGAGUUGAAUGUUUAG